GGAGACGGGAAAUCCUCUCCUGCCGGACGAGGGCUACGUAAAGAGCUCCGAGGGAACGGACGGGGAGGCUGUGUUUUUCUUCUGGCGAUUCCUGCAAAGGUAUCUUAGCUAUGGCAACAUUUCCAGCAAGCAUGGCCAGUGGAACCAUAAUUGUCAUCCCCUCUAAUGGAGCGAACGUAAUCCAAACGGCCCCUGGAUUGCCCGGUGUUGUUCUUCAGGCAUCUGGAGCAACUCCAUAUCCUCAGUAUGGAGCUCAGCAACUUGGAAUUUCCACCAGUGCUCCUCAACAAGUGUCCCAGAAGGGUCCUAUGGAGAGAUUCCUCAGUGCUGAGACCAAAGUGCUUGGGGCCAUCCAGAUCAUGAUUGGGUUGAUCCACAUUGGCUUUGGGGCUGUCUCGCUUUGUCUCUUUCCUUCUUACUACCUUAACUUGUCUGGAAUUGGAGGUUACCCCUUUUGGGGAGGGAUAUUUUUCAUUUCUUCUGGAUCACUUUGUGUAGCAGCUGUGAACCGUUCAAAUCGGGGUUUGGUGAAAUCUAGUGUAGGAUUGAACAUCACAAGUGCUAUAAUGGCAGUAGUUGGUAUCAUCCUGUAUCUAUGUGAGAUGAUCAUCAGUACUAUUUCUUUGAUGGCUGGCCAGGGAUAUCUCAAUGUAAGUAUAGUGAAUGUCGGUUAUGGCCUCUCCAUUGUGCUGCUCUUGUUCAGCCUGCUGGAAUUUUGCAUCGCUGUUUCACUUGCACACUUCGGGUGCCAGGCAACUUGCUGUUCUGAUGCCCAGCCAACCAUGCAUUUUGUGCCUUACCAAGUCAUCGGAGAUGGAGCAGUCACACCUGAACCAAAUCCUCCUCCUUCUCCACCAACCUAUGAUAACGUGGUUACCAAAUCUCAGUAAAACAAGAAGGAAACGUGAGAAUUGUUGGCAACAGAGGCUUCAGGAGAAGCAAUGCAUUUCAUAUUCCUUUAUUUUGUCCUCCAAUUUGCUUGUUUAUUUUUCAAUUACAGCCUUUAAAACACUAAAUGAAAUGAUGGCAAAUUUUAAAAGUCCUUCGAUUUUACUUAAUUGUUAUAACGCUUUCCAAGAAGCAAGAAUUUGUUUAUCAGCGUAUUUAUGAGGAAGUAGAUUUCCUACACUGGAUGAUGCAAGCUGUUUAUUACUCUUCUGUUUAUAUUUUAAAUGAUGUUUGGUUUUUUUAUGACAAAUAUGGAAUUAAGUAGGAGAUCUGAUGCUACAGAAAAGA